UUAACGCGGAACCAUAAUUCAGGCUUGAGGGCUGUGCUUUUAGGUCCCUGUUGAAAGCGAAACUUAAAAACUACUCCGUGGUCAUACUUUCCCUCAAUGGCACUGCAUUUAUCAGCUCGGGCGUCUCAUAUCGGAGCCCUGCCACGCGUCUCUGUGCGCGGCGUGGGCUCCGACUUCCAGGGAGCAGGUGUCAAAUUCAAGCAUGUUUUAAUGGGGAGCCCCCAGCUGGGCGCAAAGCCAGCAACAAGUCCCGCUCGCAGCCAUGUUCAUGCUGCCUUCCAAGCUGACAGGUUGUCAAAAAGUGCAACAGUAGCAGCAGCACUCGGGAGGUCCAGCCAGGCUAGCGGUCCGCUCUUCCCCCGGGGAAGGAGAGGCUGGUUGGGCCAGUUCGCGCUGGGCGCCGCCCUCGGAGCCGGUACGGUCGCUCUGGUCCAGUCCCUCCGGACCGGAGCCCUCACCGCCAUGGCCCUGAAAGUUAACCUGGACUCUGCUGGGGGAGACUGGAAGGAGAUCAAGGACUUCUUGCUGUCUCUGGCUGUUAAGGACAAGCGUCCCUACUACCGGACCUCAGACUCAGUGCCGCUGGAUGACAUCCCAGCGUGGACUCCCACUGCAGGUGGUGUUGAGAAAGGUCGCUACAAGAGGAGUGAAAAGCUGGACCAGAAGAUUUCUGUCUACAGUGGCGACAUCACCAAGCUGGAGAUAGAUGCUAUUGUCAAUGCAGCUAACAAGACUCUGCUUGGAGGAGGUGGAGUGGACGGAGCCAUCCACCGCGCUGCAGGUCCCAUGCUCAAAAAGGAGUGCGCUUCCCUCAAUGGCUGUGAGACGGGAGAGGCCAAGAUCACCUGCGGCUACGGCCUCCCAGCAAAGUAUGUGAUCCACACUGUGGGGCCGAUUGCACAAGGGGGAGUCGGAGAGGAGGAGAGGGGAGCACUGAAGUCAUGCUACAAGAACAGCCUGCAGGCUGCCACCGAAAAUGGUGCACGCUCCGUGGCUUUCCCUUGCAUCUCCACUGGAAUCUACGGAUAUCCACCCCAGCUAGCUGUGCACGAGGCCCUGGCAACUGUGAGGGAGUAUCUUGAUGCUCAUCAUGACAAGUUGGACAGAGUCAUCUUCUGUGUGUUCUUGCCGACGGAUAAGGAGCUGUAUCUGCAGAACCUCCCCCUCUACUUCCCUGGUGCCUGACCAAAGACAGCAGCUUAUUACCAAGCUCCCACAGAGGCCGCUGUCAAGAGUAAACUCUAAGAGAGUGGAUUUGUCGGAUUUGGUUGCUGUGGAUACACACCACCACACACAGCAUCCACAUUCGUUCUCCUCCUCUUCGCUGUUGACACAGAUCAACACCAUCUUCAGCAGGAAGAUAAAUCGUAAAUGGUUGAUUGCUUUUUUUUUUUAGGUGCAAACUGGAUCUCCUGCAGAUGUUGAUUAGUUUUUCUGCUUUCCCCACUAAUGGUUGAGGUUAAGGGACAUGUUGUGAUGAAGAUGUGAAAUGAUGUUGACAACUUCCUUGAAAAAUGCUCUGUGCCUACCUUAAACUGCUCUAACCUGUGAUCAGUGGCUUCACCCCGGCCUCACAGCCACAGAUGAAUCAUGCUUGUGCUUUAGCAUUUGGAUGUUAGGCAUACACACGUGUUGGAACACUGUCAGAAACAUGGCAAAAGCUUAGUAAAACAAAUCUCACAGGUC